UUACUUAUAUGAUCUGUGAUUCAGUUAUCGCGUGUAUCGCGUGUAUUGCGUAUAUAUACCGGAUAUAUGCGUACAAAGUGACGAAUAUUAGGGAAUUGGACGUGAAUUUAGGUAUCGCGCUUUCGCGCGAAACACCAUGGACGGUAGACGAAAUAAUCGCGAGAUUAUAACAGUAUUAUUUCUCUGUCUACUAUGGUACGCAGUGUCUAGCAGCAGCAAUGUUGUCGGCAAGAUGUUGCUGUCGGAGUUUCCGUAUCCACUCACAGUGACUAUGGUCCAACUGACAUCGAUUACUGUGUACUCUGGCCCGUUCUUCAAUCUGUGGGGCGUGAGGAAAUACUCCUCCAACAUAACAUGGAGCUACUACUUGCGGCUCAUCGUGCCACUAGCACUGGGCAAGUUUUUAGCCAACGUGUUCAGCCACGUCAGCAUUUGGAAAGUGCCCGUUUCUUAUGCUCACACUGUGAAGGCUACAAUGCCUCUUUUCACGGUGGCUUUGUCAAGAAUAAUACUUCGGGAGCGGCAAACGUUGAAGGUGUAUCUGAGUCUCGUACCGAUUGUCAGCGGCGUAGCUGUAGCCACAUUAACGGAGCUUAGUUUUAACAUGAUCGGUUUGAUAAGCGCCUUAGCAUCCACUAUGGCGUUUUCCUUGCAAAAUAUUUAUUCGAAAAAGGUACUACAUGACACAGGAAUACAUCACCUGCGGCUAUUGCAUAUACUCGGCCAACUAGCUCUAUUUAUGUUCUUGCCAAUUUGGAUUGUAUAUGAUUUGCGCAGUUUGUUGUAUGAACCAAUGUUGAGACCGUCCGUAGAGAUAAGUUAUUACGUGUUAGGACUAUUAUUUCUAGAUGGAAUACUUAAUUGGUUUCAGAACAUUAUUGCAUUUUCUGUGUUGUCUAUCGUGACGCCUCUGACGUACGCAGUGGCGAGCGCCAGCAAACGCAUAUUUGUGAUAGGAAUAACAUUACUUGUCCUUGGAAAUCCGGUUACAUGGCUUAACAUAUUUGGUAUGACUAUGGCCAUAUUAGGGGUAUUGUGUUACAAUAAAGCCAAAUAUGAUCAAAGAAUAGAGAAGCAGAAUAAGACGAUUCUUCCGAAAUAUUAUAAUGCUCAAAACGGUAAUAGCAGUUCCUUUAUGAUAAACGGUUUCGCAGGUAGACAUCAAUCAUUUGCAAUCUAGUCUCGAUAUAUAAUUUCAUAUUGACAAGUUCAUAUAAGUUUUUUACGUUGAAGAAAAGUCCAAUAUUUAUUUUCGUAAAUGUAAAUUAAUUUUCAUAAAUAAUUGUUACGUAUUAUUAUAAAUUAUUACAACAGUUGGAUAUAAUUGAAUAGGAAGAAGUUCAUAUAAUUAAUUAUUUUUCACGUUAUAUAUAUGCACAUAUGUCGCGCGCACUUACUCAUAUGUAAGUGUUGUAUAAAUAUUUACCGUAUGGUGAAGAAGACAAAAGUUCUUUUGUUUGAAAUAGCAUUUUUUUAAAAUGAAAUAUCAAUAAUGUCUUAGAGGACAUGUAUAUACUUAGAUAGGUUAAAACGAUAUCUGACUUUGUCAAUUUUUUAAGAAUAAACGAAAAGCCAUAGAAAAGUCGUGUUUAUUCUAUUAUAAAGAUCACACUUUUUUCUACGUCCACUUGUGAGCGUCAUUUGUCCUCGUUUAAUAUUUGUUAAACAACAAGGACAAAAUGGUUCUAAAAGCGUUAAAUGGAAUGCACCCUAAAAAAUAAUAUAAAAUAAUGUCGAUAUUCCAAUUCUUUUUGGAAUAAAUACUUUUCUAUCUUUUUUUGUUUUUCCACAAUAAAUCAGCAAAGUUAGGCUAGGUUAUGUGUAUAUGACUUUAUUGUAUAUAAAAUUAUAAUAUUUUUUUAUGUAAAUUGGUUUUUAUUUUAUUUUUUCUAAUCUCUUUAUGUCUUAUUUAGAAAUUAUUAAAAUAUUAAGUAAAUAUAUCGAAUAAAGACUCAGCUUCAAUGACAUAUGUUGUCAGGGUCAUGAUCCUGAGUGACCUUCAGAAGAUUUUAGCUGUCUGUUAUUCGUUAAAAAGUUAUUGUUAAAAGAAGUUAUAAAAAUUAAGUUCAUAAUUCGAAUUUUACAUAACAUAAAUGGCAUAUUAUUUGUAUAUUUAUACUAUGGACAUAAAGGAUUUCCACUCUUCCUAUAGAAAAGCAAAACCCGAAAGAUAUAACCUGACCUAAUCUAACUUCCAUCCCCAGCAAAUUGAAAUGGACAGAAAUUGAUUUGUGCUUAAUUAUUCUUCUUUGCGUGUCAUGCUCUUGUUAGCACAUAGACGAUCUCUUCUACAUAUAUCCGUAAAUAUAUUAGACUUAUUUUAACAACACCAAAUAAACGGCUUAUUAAAAGACCAGCAAACGAAAAUGGAUUUAAAAAAUCAAAAAUAAGUAAAAAUAAAUUCAAAAAAAUCAAGAAUUUGCAUUCGGCAAUGACCAUAUAAAUCCAUUUCUAAACAAUUAAUGAAAAAAAGUUAUGCGACCCGUAUAAUCCAUUUUAAUCCAUAAAACAGGAUUGAAAUAAAGUGAUUUUUAUUUUUUCAAUGUAGUAGAAAUUUCCGCAAUCCAUUUUAAUGACGUAGGAUUGAAGUAACUUAUUGCUGUCUUUUAAUCUAAAAUAUAUUCAAAUAAAUUAAGAUGGAUUACAAAUCUUUAAUCCAUUUCCGUUUACUGGGAGAAACUUUCAUAAAUAGAGUUACUCGGUGAUUUGUCUUUGCCUUCCGGGAGGUGGCGAUUGAUUAAAAACCGAUUUAGAGUUAUUUAAUUUGAGUUAUUUAGGUAUUUACUGUUCUAGGUAGAUAUGAACCUGGAUCUUUGGCACAAACUCGUAAUUCUUUUUCCACGUUGCUACAAACUGUGUAUGGUCAUUGCCAAUUUCAAAUUCUUGAUUUUUUUAAAUCCAUUUAAAUCCAAUUAAAGUUUAUGAAUUCUUUGAAUUUAUUUUAGUCCAUGGAAACCGUGGAAUUGAAACUACGAGGUUCCUAUACUGUUAAUCCUAAAAAGAUUUUGCGGAUCACGCAACCCAUUUUAAUAACAGGAUUAAAAUAAAUUAAUUGCUCUUCUUUUAGCUCAAAAAAGGUUUGAAAGCUUUAAAUCCAUUUUUGUUUAUAACACGGAAGUGUGUUUUAUUCUUUUCAAUUAAAAAAAAUUUUGUCGGUCAUAAAUCUUUUAAUUCGUGACACAGAAUUGAAAUGAAAUAAUUCUUAUUCCAAUAAUGCACAAAGAUUUUGUUGUGAACUAUAUAAUGAUAAUUUACUAAUAUAAAAUGAUUUAAUAUUAUAAAAUUAUUUAGUAAAAACAUUUGAUAGUUUACUAAUGAUAUAAAAUGAUGGUUUUUUUUUAACAUUAAACAUUAAAACAAUAUUUUCAGUUACGAUUCAAUUUAUAUACAUUUAAUGAUAAUUUAUUCAGCAAUAUUAUUCAGCAAUAUCUAAUGAUUACGUCUCAGACGUUCUGGCACGAUCCCGCCCAUAAUGCGCGCGGAGAAUAAAAAAUUAAUUCCUAUUGUAACAUGUAUCUGGUAAAUAAAAUGAAUUUAAAAUCAGGUUCUAUUUUUUCUGCUUGAAAAUUAGGUCAGUUUUAGGAUUUUUUUAGAAUUAUAAGAAAAGAGGUAGAAAUUCGAAACUUUGCAUAUUAUUUAUUACAUUUUAAAAUGUAUAAAAAUGUUUUUUGUAAAUAACAAUAUAAAAUGGUGGCCGCAACCAUAUCGGUCCGAGCAAUUGUGUUUAUUUACACGGCCCAAUCUUGAACAGAAUUCCGACUGUAAAAAUUAUAUGAUACAAAUAAGUUGCAGAAAAAUUUACUAAAAAAUAUUAAAGUAAAAUAUUGAAAAUUUUCAAAAUAGUGGCUUAUCAAAUUUUAAGUUCAUUUUUGAUCGUUUUUUUUUUCAAAUUUAAUGCUGUGCAAAAAUACUAAUUUUUUAUAUUCCAUUCUUUAUUGAGGUUUAUCCUCCAAUAAAAAAAUAUCUAAUUAUCGUACGAUUUGGCCAGAUUUAAUCAUUAAUUGGAUUGUUAGAUAUCUGGUUUAGAUAAAAAAAAUCAUGAUUUCGAGAAAAAUGCGUUUAAAGUUAAACUGAAUCAGGUAAAAUUUGAUAUAUACAGUUCUAUGUUGUUUUCUAUAUGAAAAAAAGCAUAAAUUUUCACCACAAGUAUUUGAAUUGCCCAAAUUUGACUUUACACGAUCGCGUCACGUUAGUACAUCGCUUUAAUAGGCCAUCUUAAAUAAUUCGAAUACUGCAAAAGCAUUUUACAAACAUAAUUUUUACACUUUAGAGAUGUAAAAAAUGUUUUUAAAAAAUCAACUUUUUUAUCAAAAGAAAUAGAACUUGGUCUUAAAUGGAUAAAAAUUUAUUAUCCAUUUUAAUUAAUUUAAAAACUUUUUGAAUUAAAGAAUAGUUUAUUUUAAUUACGUUAUUUCAAUCCUAUGUUAUAGAUUAAAAUGGGUUGCGUGAAAACUUUUUUGGAAAGAAUCGGAUUUGCUUAUUUCAUUUUAAUUCCAUUUCACGAAUUAACCCUUAAUUUGUAAUACCAUGCUUACAGAUCGCUAUUGAAACUUUUCUUAAUAAUUUCCUUGACAUCCACAAGAAACGCUCUAAACUCAUAAUAUCUUUAUAUGCCAUCUAUUUCUACCAAAUACUGCAAUGGUCCCAUUAUAUUCACUGAGAACGUAUAAUAUAAAAAGGUUGAAAAAUUGUAGUAGCCUCAUAGUUUAGGAUUUAUUGUUUAUGUUACUAUUUCGCAAUAUUGGACAUGUACGCAUUUCUUCAUCUACGUCUUAUUUACACAUUUUAUUUCUUAUUUACUAUGGUUAGGUAUGGUGUGAUGUUAUAUUUUAAUAUUAGUAUCAUUUUUAUGGUUCAACUUUCUUAGUUUUUUUAAGAUUUUUAAAAUUUUUGAAUGGAAAUAACGAUUUUUUGAAAAUUGAUCUUUUUUGAACUUUAACCCACUUAGGGUUAAUGUACUAUUCUCUGUUUUGUACUAAAAAUGUUUUUUUUUUUUAAUAUUUUAAAUGAUAUAUUACAAUAUGGAGGAUUUCAUUUAAAACGAGAUUUAAAAUCCCACAAAAGUAUCCCUUAAAGAAAGCAAUUUCUGUUAUUUUCUUUAGGAGGCAGAAGGGGAAGAUAAAAAACUGCUACUUUUAUGAAUUUUUUUAACAGAAGCUAAGGGUGAUUAAUUUAAAAUUUUACACACAUUUAUACAUAUUUGUUUGUUAUUCGGUAAUUUUUACAAGUCGAAAUAAGAAUUAUAAUAUUGUUCAAUUACACAAUUUCCGUAAAAAGAGAGGAGAUAACGUUAAUAGCAACCCCUCUAGGUGCCAUAUUUCAAUUUCGGCGGAGUGAUAAUAUUAUGUAAGUAGUAAUCUGCCAAUUUGCAAAGCUUUUCUGACUCAUAAAAUUAAAGUUUACAGUUUAAAGAUUAAAAUGGAUUACAUGGACCGCAUAACUUUUUUGAAUUGAAAGAAUAGGAAUUGCGUAGUUUCAAUUCUUAUUAAUGAAUUAAAAUGAAUUGACGUGGUCCACGAAAUCUUUUUUGGAUUGACAGCAUAGGAAUCGCGUAGUUUCCUUUAGGAGUAAAGUAGAUUCAAGAAAUUCUUAAACUUUAUUUGGAUUGAAAUGGUUUCAAAAAAUCAAGAAUUUGGAUUCAGCAAUGACCACACCAAUCAAUUUCCUCUUUCAAUUCAUUUCCAUUUGCAAGGAACAUAUGUCACGAUUAAUGUCAUUGUAGCUAGGUUCCUAAUUUAUUCGAUAUAUUUACCAAAUAUGAUAAUACUUAAGUAAUAAAAUCUUCAUAUAAAUAUUAAUAGUAAGUUUUUUGAUAUAUCUUAAUUAAGAUAUAUAUUAAUUCUAAUUUAUAUUCUAAUAUAUAAUAUAUAAAAUAUCCAAAAAUAUUUUAAAAUGUUUACACAAGACAUGAAUUUUUGUAUGUCUAAGACGGGCGGAUUCCGAUAGCACACCACCACUCACAGCGGCCGAUGCCUAGAGUUUUUCCGUUGUUUGGGUUAGAUAAGUCAAGAUGAUUGGUUGGUGAGCUAUUGCACCGUGCGCUAUCGGAUCCCGUCCGUCUAAAACAGAAAGAGAAAAAGUUAAGUGAUGUAAACAUAAUAUACAAUACGGUUUUAUUUUAAAUA